AUGGGCAUUAAAGGUCUCCAUGGUCUUCUCAAAUCGAUCCAGAAACCAUGCCACUUGAAGAAGUUCAGUGGCCAGACCCUGGGGGUAGAUGCGUAUGGGUGGCUGCACCGGGGUACAGUUGCAUGUGCAGUGGAUCUGGUGCUUGAUAAGCCUACGACUAAGCAUAUCGACUUCGUCCUAAAUCGUGUCCGCAUGCUUCUUUACUUCGGCGUCACACCAUACCUCGUCUUCGACGGCGAUGAUCUACCGAGCAAGUCCGGAACCGAGUCUGAUCGGCACCAACGACGCCAGCAGAGCAAAGCUCUUGGAUUGGAACUUCAACGCAAAGGACGAAUGGCGGAGGCAUAUCAAGAGUUCCAAAAGGCGGUGGACGUGACCCCCUACAUGGCCCGCCAAUUGAUCGAGGAGUUGAAGAAGAUGAACGUGCAGUACGUCGUGGCACCAUACGAGGCUGAUGCGCAGCUAGUGUAUCUGGAGCGCCAUGGUAUGAUCGACGGUAUUAUCUCCGAAGACUCCGAUCUUCUUGUCUUUGGUGCGAAGAGGCUACUAUCCAAACUCGACCAGCACGGUGACUGUAUCGAGAUCAACAGGGCGGACUUUACAGCUUGUCGUGAGGUCAGUCUGAUCGGAUGGACGGACGCGGACUUCAGACGGAUGUGCAUUCUCAGCGGUUGUGACUAUCUACCCAACAUUGCGCGACUCGGAUUGAAAACCGCCUAUCGAUGCAUUCGAAAAUACAAGAACGUGGAGAAGGCCCUUCGCAUGCUUCAAUUCGAAGGGCAGUACCGUGUUCCCGCCGAUUACCUCGACAAUUUCAAACAAGCCGAACUCACGUUUCUUUAUCAAAGGGUCUUCUGCCCGAAAGCCGGGAAAUUGGUGACUCUCACCCCUCCUGAGGAUGUCAACCUAGACGAACUGUCAUAUAUUGGCGGUGACGUCGAUGCAGACAUUGCAGUAGGAGUGGCCCGUGGGGAUCUUGAUCCAACGACCAAGGAGCCGAUUGUAUUGAAGCCACUUGCCCCAAGCAGACCCGUGCUCGGCAUCCAACGCCGGCAGACCCUUGGCUCUUCAGCUGAAUUGAAACCGAAACCGAACAAACCAAUUAGCACUUUCUUCACUCCGAAGAGGAUGCCUUUGGCUGAGUUGGAUCCAAACAGUCUUACACCAUCGCCGAGCCAGCAACGGCUCCUCGAACGUUAUGCAAACAGCUCCUGGGACAGCAGUCCCGCACCCGCAGGGCUAAAUGCCGCUAGGUCAGCGCCUUCUCUCCGUCGCUCUCAAACCACACGAGUUUCAAGCCCAUUGGCAAGAAGUGCAGAACGGAGUUCUUUCCUGGCCCAGGCUUCGAAGGCCUCAACCUUUCAGCCAGCAAAGCGACAACGCCUUUGUGCUGAAGCCGAGGAAGGACCCUUGCCAACUCUCGCAAACUGCCGCAGUCGGUUCUUCGUGCACAAAGAUGGGGAGUCGAGUCUCAGCGGGCAGAAGAGCACGAAGUCUGAGAAAGCGCGAAAUUCGACCAUUGGUGUUUUCUCCGACGAUAGUGCUGAAGAUAUCAUGUCUGAACUCCCGGAUCCUACCCAGCCAGAUGGAUCUGCAUCGAACGAGAUCGAUACGCCAUGCAAAACGGCCGAUCAACGGGAAGCUGGCUUGGUGGCGCCAACCCCUGCUACUCCUGUCGCGUUGCCAGCAGAUGAAGGUCAAAAGGAAGAAGAGUCUUUUGAAAACGCUGCCGUUUCUGAGACUACCAUUCCUGAGGAUACCGUUCCCGAGCCUACCCCCGAAAAGUCUGUGAGCGCCGACUCAGACAGCGAAACUUUCCAUCAAGUAUUGAAUUAUCAUGUCGAACGGCAGAAUACAUCUAUACUUUCCAAAUUCACCUUCAAGCCGGGUGACAGCCCUGGCGUCUCCAGGAAGUCUUCCCUUGGGGCAAUGAACGCUCAAUCGCCCCGAACAUCUCCUGCAGGUCUCUUAUUAGGGCCCCGCAGAAGCCCGGCACGACGACAACGAUCGACACCCUUGCAGCGCCUUGGACAGAGCGCUCUCUCCCGGUCCCGGUCCAUGAUUGUUCCUGGCAGCAAGACUGUUCCGCCUCCGCCCACGUUUUCCACCUGUAGCGCAGCAAAUCAGCAUCUAGCUGCGCCCAAAAUCUUUAGUGCUCAGGGAAGCGAAGACAUGAUCAUCCCCAACAGCGAAGACGAAAGCGAGGACGACGCCAAUGACUCCGGCGCUAGCCAGGGACCGGUUUCACUUGAUCUGAAACAGUUCUCAUUUACCGGAUCGGGGACAGAUUAG